AUGUCACUGCUCUGGAGGCUUGGGAUCCCCUGUGUCCUCACGAUCAACUACACCAGUGCAAGGCCUUCGAAAGAGCACCAUAGCAUCGAGCCUGUCCGUGAGGAGCUGGAACUUUGGGAGAACGACGAAAAAGUAGCGACAUAUAAACUUGGAAACUGUAUUGGAAGGGGACAGUUUGGCUCUGUAUAUAAAGCGAUGAAUAUGGUGACAGGCCAGAUGGUUGCAGUGAAGCGGAUCAAGAUCGAUGGGCUGAAAGAUGAAGAACGGGACAUGUUGAUGCAGGAAGUAGAUUUAUUGAAGUCACUUGCUCAUCCAUCAAUUGUCAAGUAUGAGGGAUUUAUUAAAACAGAGGACUAUCUCAACAUUGUCCUGGAGUUUGUUAGAACGGUUGUUCAUUGUGAUCUAAAGGCUGCCAACAUUCUCACAACUAAGAAUGGAAACGUGAAGCUUUCAGAUUUUGGAGUAUCUCUUAAUCUCAAGGUGAAGGAGUCUGACUUUGGUGCUGUUGCUGGAACACCUAAUUGGAUGGCACCGGAGGUGAUUGAGUUGAAAGGUGCCUCACCAGCCAGUGAUAUCUGGUCUUUGGGAUGCACAAUCAUUGAGAUGCUGACGGGACGGCCUCCUUAUGCAGAUCUACUUGCAAUGACAACUUUGUUCCGCAUUGUAGAAGAUGAGCGACCGCCAUUGCCCAGUGACGUGUCUGCAGACCUAUUGGAUUUCUUAUGCCAGUGUUUUCAAAAAGACCCAGCGUUGCGGCCCAGCGCAGGAGAUUUGGGUCGCCAUGUUUGGAUUAAGCGUAAUUUUGCAGCAAAGGUUAGCAUAGGACAAACAUUUUGCUCGUUUCCCAUUGUCAAUUUGUAA